AUGCCCGCUUCCAUUUGUGACCCAGUAUCUAGCGCAUUGCGUUUAUCUCUUGGUACAGAAGACUCCCAGAGUUCAUCCUUAUUGGAUAGUAGAUUAUAUUCAUCAGCUAAAAGUGUGCUUUUGUCAAAGAUAGAAUUUGAAGAAUCCGGUGAUUAUCAGAGCAAUGUACUAGAUGGCUUAAAAUCGAAGUACGUGGUUAUUCGGCCCAAGAAACCAGUCCUUGAGAAUAAACUUUUAAAAAAGGAUGCUGUUACAGGAAAUCAAUCGACAGACAACAAAAAUCGUGAGGAAGGCUUACCAAAGCCAAAACGAGUUUUAUUUCCAUUGGAAAAAGUACAUUUGGGAUGGCAAGGGUCAUGGAAUUCUGGAGCAGGCAUGCAAAAUGUAGGCAACACAUGUUACCUCAACUCUACACUGCAAGCUCUUUUUCAUGUACCUGCUUUUGCUAACUGGCUUGUAUCGGAAGGAGCUCAUGCAGAAAAAUGUAAUCAACAAGAAGCAUGUGUGAUUUGUGGCAUGAGGGCAACAUUGAUGGCCACCCAAAAGUGUGGUGGAAUAGCAAUUAAACCUUGGCAGGUUUAUUCAAAACUGCGAUUGAUCUGUAGACAUUUAACACCAGGACGUCAGGAAGAUGCACAUGAGUUUUUAAGAUACCUGGUGGAAGCAAUGGAGAAAUGUUAUCUAUCACGAUUUAUAAAUUCUGACAAAUUAGAUCAAUAUAGCAAAGAAACAACACCUUUAAAUCAAAUUUUGGGCGGCUAUCUACGAUCAACGGUUAGAUGCUUAGCCUGCCAUCACCUGUCUACUACUUAUCAACAUUUCCAGGAUUUACUAUUAGAUAUAAGAAAACAUUCUACUUUGGAUGAAGCAUUAGACUCAUUUUUUUCUCGUGAAAGAUUGGAAGACUUAGGAUAUAAGUGUGAAGCUUGUAAUAAGAAGGUGUCGGCAACAAAACAGUUUUUUAUUGAACGAGCACCAAUGGUCCUCUGCAUUGCACUGAAGAGAUUUUCAUUGGCAGGAGGCAAAUUGUCAAAGCAUGUGCAAUUUCGCAAAAAAAUUACUUUAAAUAAAUAUCUUUACAACAAAAAUAACCCACAACAAUUGUCAUAUAAGUUGGUGAGUUUAGUAACUCAUCUAGGACCGUCACAGAACUGUGGACACUACACAGCUAUAGGACAAUCUUCAAAUAGUAAUUAUUAUCAAUUUGACGAUAGCUGCGUGCGUCCGCUCCCCCUUUCUGCUGUGCUUGGCACAAAUGCAUAUAUAAUGUUCUUUGAAAAAGACAAUUCUUCUGAUGACAUUAACAGCCAGCCCAUCGCAUCUACCUCUAGUGUAGUCUAUGGUCCUCAACUACCUGAUAAUAUAGUAAAUAGGGAAAAGAGUCCCCUUAAAAUAACAUUCUACAAAAAUGAAGACAGAAAACCAACAAUUCUCAAUAGCACUUCAACAGAAAUUACUAAGCCUGAAGUAAAGCCUAUAAUUUUAAACACAACUUUAUGUAAAUCUUCAGAAACAAACUCUAAUAGUGAACCUUGGGUUGUAAAGCAGAAUGGUGAGGUGGAAAAAGUCACAAAUGUACCAAAAAUCUUAAAUGGCAUUGAGAAAAUUGGUUACAAAGUUGAUGAUGACAAAAAAAUCAGUUUUAUAAUUAAAAAGCAAGGCUUAGAAGAUUAUCCAUUAAAGCCUAAGCUUUCUAAGAGUGAUUCAGAUCUCCGUUCAAUAACACAUAAUUUAAAAGUACCUGAAAAGUCAGCCUCGACAAGUAAACUUGUGAAACCUCCAAAGUCUCCAUUAGAGAAAUUAGAGGAACAAAUGAACAAGAGUGAUGCAUCCAAUCAUCUAAAUAGAAAUGGUAAUUCUAAUUCUAAAUUGGUACCUUAUGAUUCUGAGUCCAGUAGUGAUGAACGAAUUGAGAGAUUAAGCGAUGAAAAGGUUAGGAGAGAAGGUAAAGGGGAUGGGAGCCUGAGGCCAAAACCUAGCCGAUGUGAUUCACCUCAAGGCCUUGUUGUUACAACUAAAGGAACACUUCAUAACUGGACUGUUUCAAAAGAAAAAAGUGGUCCCUUGUUAAGUCCAAGUUUGAAUGGAGUAACAAAUAAAAAAGUAAAAGCGAAAGAAGAGCCCCAAGGCGAGAAUGAAGAGAGUCCAAACACUAGUGUGAGUAGUAUGUCUCCACUGAGUGAUCAAAGUGAACCAGCUACAACCCCACAGCCCUGCAGCUCACAGACAUCUCUCCCCGCUGUAUCACAGACCACUGGUGGUAGCAUUGAAACAACGCGACACUUACACGGUCUUUCGCAUCGAGGAUAUGGGGCUCCUGUUACUUCUUGGAAUGGCACUCACAGUACUCUAUCACGUCAGGUAUUCGAGGAAAGGCGUGAAGAACGCAAACGGGCUCUCGACGCAACAGACGACAUGGAUCGAGGUCGUAGUAAAAAAAUUAAGAAGUUUCAUCACUACAAUCGUUUUAACAAUAAUAGGAACGGUUAUAAUCCAUUUCAGGAAAAACAAAACAAGCCACACUGGAAUAGUAACUUCAAGUACAGAAACGAGCGGCGCCCGUCUCAUAAUUUUAAUAAACAUCACUAUAACAAGUAUAAGCUCUUCAACAGAUACAGCAAUGGGCAUCACUACCCCAGACACCAUUGA